AUGACAAGCCUGACACGAUGGGGCCGCUUAGUGCUUGUCUUUGCGAGUCGAGUCGGGCGCGGUUGGGGGACAAUUGAUGCCGAGACGACGGGCAACGGGUUGGCAACAGGGCAAAGGAAGCCGUUUAUUGCGCCACGGAAAGACGAUACUGCGAUCACCAUGAUGAGUUGCCGCUCGCGGAUCUCGUCGAACCUGAGGCGUGACACUCCGCACUCCGCACAACAACUCGCUCCAUUUUUCCUCCAGACUCCAGACACCCACACUUCUGCCCCCAAUCUUGCACCCCAAGGGCACCCCAUGAAGAAGAAAUUUUCUCAUUUGGUGGGCCCCUUUGGACUGUGCAAUUCGCGCUCAAAUGAGCACGGUGUGAGGUUUCCACUGUUGACGUCACGCACCGCGAUUGAGAACGGCAUGCGGCCACUCACCUUCCAAGCCGCUGACGUCGACCCGCUUUUCUCAAUGCGACUUGCUGACGCUAGCAUAGACGAGGUUUGCGCCUCCCGUCGAGUCAAAAGCUUAAGCUGGAUGCCGAGUGCCGAGCAAGCCUGUGACCGUUAAGCUUCAACAAGUCGUCGGAGAGGGCGUGGCAUGCUAGCCCGUGGUAAGGCGUUCCUCGACCCCUCAGCUGAUCCAAACUUUUGUGUGCAAUUAGCACAUCACGAUGCCGCGGUAUCCUCCAUCCAAGCGAAUUGAGGCUCUAGGUGGGGCGUGACCGUCGCUACGGGGCGAUUGGACCGAUGCAGUUUAUCGUGGUGUGCCCAGCGCUGCAUGU